AGAAGGCGAAGUUGUGGAGUUUGAGUUUUGGGUUUGCGGGCUGUCAGGACUCGUCAUGGCUGCGGCUGUCAGGGCAGGUUGUGCGCACAGGGGGUUUAUUUCAGUGACACGGCGUGGCAGCCACAGCAGCACUGCCCUCAAACCUCAAUAUGAUGCGAUCGUUAUUGGUGCAGGUCACAAUGGCCUUAUUGCUUCAGCAUAUCUGCAGAAGGGAGGCCUGAAAACAGCAGUCCUGGAACGUAGACAUGUGCUCGGAGGAGCAGCUGUAUCUGAAGAGAUUAUUCCAGGGUUCCACUUUUCCAGGGCCUCCUAUCUGCUCAGUUUACUGCGCCCACACAUCUACCAGGACCUGGAGCUCAAGAAACACGGCCUGAAGGUUUACAUGAGGGACCCCUAUUCAUUUACCCCCAUGUUGGAGGAUGCAAGAGGGCGGCCACCGCGGUCUUUAACGCUUGGAGCUGACCUGGCAAAGACCCAGCAAGAGAUUGGCAAAUUCUCAGAGAAAGAUGCCAAGGUCUAUCCUGAUUUUUUAUCUUAUUUGGAAAGACUGGCCUGUGCCAUCCACCCUCUUUUAGACGCUCCACCCGUUGACAUACCAGGACUGACUCAGGGCUCUUUGAGAAAGAAAAUAUCUGCCCUGAGGAGCUUGAAACCUUUGGUGAAGUCUGGGUUCAAGUUGGGAAAGAAUAUACCAGAUUUCUAUGAACUUGUUACAGCUCCAGUUAUGAAGGUGCUCAAUCGCUGGUUUGAAUCCGAGCCGUUGAGAGCCACAUUAGCCACUGACUCUGUGAUUGGUGCAAACACAAGCCCAAAUAAUCCUGGAAGUGGAUACGUCCUGCUGCACCAUGUCAUGGGUGAGCUGGAGAAAGAGAAAGGUGCCUGGGGUUACGUGGAGGGAGGAAUGGGUGGAGUGUCUGAAUCGAUCGCCCGCUCCGCCCGCUCUCUCGGAGCAGAUAUUUUUACAAACAGGGACGUUAAACAGGUCCUUAUUGGUCAGGAUGGUUCUGCCAAGGGCGUUGUGCUGACAGACGGAACCGAAGUCCAUAGUAAAGUGGUUCUGUCCAACGCCACUCCCUACAUCACCUUUAAACAGCUCACACCACAGGAUGCCCUGCCAGAGGCAUUCAUCACGGCUGUAGAUCAGAUUGACUACACCUCUCCUGUUACCAAGAUAAAUGUGGCUUUAGACAAGUUGCCUAAUUUCUUGGCUGCACCGAAUAGUGCAGAUGGAAAACCAGGUCCACAUCAUCAGUGUUCAAUCCACCUGAACUGUGAGAGUAUGGAGGUGCUGGAGGAGGCCUACAGGGAGGGCCAGCAGGGAUACCCGUCCUCCAGGCCUAUGAUAGAAAUGACCAUUCCCUCAGUGCUGGAUCCGACUCUAACGCCCCCCGGCUGUCAUGUGGUGUCUCUCUUCAUCCAGUUUACGCCAUAUUUGCUGGAGGGUCGCCGCGCUUGGAACGAUGAGGACAGGGAGAGAUUUGCUGACACAGUAUUCGACUGGGUUGAGCAUUACGCACCUGGAUUUAAAAAGGCUAUAGUGGGCAAAGACAUCUUGACUCCUCCUGAUCUUGAGAGGGUCUUUGGUCUCACUGGGGGGAAUAUAUUUCAUGGCUCAAUGUCUUUGGAUCAGCUUUACCUGGCGAGACCUUUGCCCUCUGUCGCAGACUACCGCUCACCAGUCAAAGGACUGUACUUAUGUGGCAGUGGCAGCCAUCCAGGUGGAGGCGUUAUGGGUGCAGCUGGCUGGAAUUCAGCUCUCAAAGUUCUAGCAGAUUUCAAGCGACUGUGAUCUUGGCCUUCAGUGGGGAAUAUCAUUUUCCAAAGAGAUAUUUUAAUGAAAAGAGAGAUGAAGACAAAUAAUAAGUGUUGUUAACAUUGUAUGUGUUUUCUUCUAUAUUUUUAACACUCCCAUAAUCUGUUCCUAAAAUAUGACGUGUAUUUUUCAGUGAAAUUUUAAUAAAUGUAAAUUAAUUCAUAGACCUUAGUCAGGGUAGCGCUAUAUUUGCUUUUUGACAGGAAUGAAAAUGAGUUGUGAGGGACUGAAGUACAGUGUUUUCAAUGGAUUCUGCUGUGGUAUAUAAUAACAUACUAAUUGUUCAGCUGUCGAAACGUCUUUCAGAAAAAAGUAGACAAAAACCUCAGAAACUAUUUUGUGAAUUGUAAUCAUUACAUGAUCUAGGACCAUAAUACAGUGUGUGCCAUUGUAAAGACUGUAAAUCUAUCCCUCACAGCCUCGUUUUUUUAUCUGUGUUAAAUUCAAUAUGGUGUCUAACCAGACUAAGGAAUAGGCUACUUUUGCAGGUUUUGUAUAACUUGUGAUGGACCGUGUGACUAGAAACCACACUGAAUGUUCUCACAAAAAGCUGUGACAUUGUUUUGAGAAUAAAUAACUCAUUUGGUGCUAUGAAA